GUUUAUUAAAAAUGGACGUCGAGUAGCUCGUAAACAAACGCAAAAGUCUGAAAACAAAUGGAUUUGCAAGUAGUAAAAUCGUAUUUUCCUAAAUACAAUGGAAAAUGAUACAUUUAGCAUUGAUACAGCCAACAUAUCAGUCAUUUAUAAGCAAAAAGAAAAAAUAGAACGACUGUUUGACGUACAACUUGUUAUCUUUGGAAAUGAGAAAUCAAAUGGAAAUGAGGUCACCGGAUUUUGUAAUUGUUCAGUUUUGUCGCAAUCAGCAAAUGCACAGAAAAAUGCGGAUAAAGCAAAGAGGUAUAUUCAAGCUCUGACAGCAAGUGGACCAGAUUUCACCAUCAUAACAGUAAACUAUGAUGUCAGUGUUAUAGAUAGAAUUCUCCAUUUUAAAGAAGACCUUGAGAAAGAAUGCUGUGCUGUUGUAACAGCAAGUCAGGGAAUGAACAGUAUAAGUAUAAAGGGACACAGAGAAGAUGUCGGAAAGGCAAAAAACUUUACAGAUCAUCUUGCUAUGGAGGAACCUCAAUCAAAUGAAUAUGAACCUGAUAAAAACCAAAAUUCUGAUAAUUUCCAUAAUAAAUCAACCAAUUCCACUUUCGGUGCUGAAGAAAACGAAUCAUCAGAUGAUUGCUCUGAUGAAAAUGAUGAUUUUAUAAAAAGGAAUCCUCCUGAUUACCAGAGUAAACUGGAAUUUGCCUUUAAACUUGGAUAUGGGGAGGCAGAUUUGAUAUGUGCUCUUAAAAAUUUAGACGAAGAUGCAGGACAAAAUGAACUGUUAUCUGAAUUAAUCAAAAAUAGUUCCUCAAGGCAAGAAGACAAGGGAACCUUUGGAUCUGAUUUUGAUGGGUCUGACAAUGUUAAAGGGGACUUGGUUGACAUUCAGGAAGACCAAAGAAAGUUUUUUUCUGGUAGUGAUUCUAGUCCAUUCAGGCAUGUUAUUAUGGAUGGGAGUAAUGUGGCAAUGAGCCAUGGAAAUAAAGAAACGUUUUCAUGUAUGGGAAUACAGCUGGCAGUAGACUGGUUUAAGGAAAGAGGUCACACAAAUAUCACAGUAUUUGUACCACAAUGGCGCAAAGAAACAUCUAGAUCUGAUGCCCGAAUCAAAGAUCAGCAGAUACUGAAUGAGUUGGAGAAAGAGAAGAUUCUGGUAUUCACUCCAUCGAGGCGUAUUGGUGGGAAACGUGUUGUGUGUUAUGAUGACAGGUACAUUCUCAAGCUAGCUGUUGAUACGGACGGUAUUGUUGUUUCCAAUGACAACUACAGAGAUUUGAUUGGGGAGAAUAAUCAGUUCAAGAAAGUAGUUGAAGAGAGACUGCUUAUGUACUCUUUCGUCAAUGAUAGAUUCAUGCCCCCUGACGACCCUCUAGGCAGAAAUGGACCCACACUUGACAACUUUUUAUUGAAAGAACCUGCCGAGCCUGAACCCUUGCCACCACCUUGCCCAUAUGGUAGUAAAAAAUGUACAUAUGGUAACAAGUGCAAGUAUUACCAUCCUGAAAGAAGAACCCAACCACAUAAAUCUGUCACUGAGAAAUUAGCGGAGCAGGCAAAACAACGCAUGCUGGCAAUGCGUCGAGAAAACUCUGUACCUGCAGACAGAAAGAAAAAAUUGACCCGCACCAAAACCCCACUUCAACGUACACAAUCAGGAAAUCCUGACGAGUUGUAUAGGUCAGAAUCAGUGCAGGACACAUCUGAGAGAAGCAAAGAUAAUAAGGUUGAUGAAUACAACCAGAAACUAUCUGAGGGCUUAAUGAGAAUGGAAUUAGACAGAGCUCUAUGUGAUCCUGAUUCUAUGAGGGGAAGUUCUCCAAAAAGAGAUGAUAGGCAUGAUUUUUCACCAAGAUCUAAACUGGGUGAUCAACCUGAAAGGUCAAGUCCUAGAAUGAUGGAACUGAGACAGAAGGGAAGAAGUUCAUCAAAAGGGGAAAAUCUCCCCGUUUAA